CCAGCACUCGACCAGCUCCAGCACAGUCUCCCAGUAGGCCGUACACCAAGCCCCAGCACGCCCCAGCCGCUGCCUCCCUCGGACCACCUCGCACUCGUUCCCUCCCUCUUCACCGCCUCACCCUCGUUCAUCCUCCGACAUGGCUGCCGAGGCGCCCUCCCAGUCGGCCAACAGCAUCGUGGCCGACUUUGACUCGAUCCUCAUCCUCGACUUUGGCUCGCAAUACUCUCACCUGAUCGUGCGCCGAUGCCGCGAGUUCAAUGUCUACUGCGAGAUGCUCCCGUGCACCCAGAAGCUCGCCGACCUCAAGUGGAAGCCCAAGGGCAUCAUCCUGUCGGGCUCGCCGUUCUCGGUCUACGAGAAGGACGCGCCACGCGUCGACCCGGCCGUCUUUGACGCCGGCGUCCCGGUUCUCGGAAUCUGCUACGGCCUCCAGGAGACCGCCAACUUCUUCGGCGCGCGCGUCGAGGCCUCGGACCACCGCGAGUACGGCGAGGCCAUCAUCAAGGUCCUGUCGCAGCCGGCGGACGCGCCCGCUCACCUCAACAAGCUCUUCGAGGGCAUCCCCGAGGAGUCGCCCGUCUGGAUGUCGCACUCGGACCGCCUUCACUCGCUCCCCGAGGGCUUCACCACCAUCGCGACGACCGAGUCGGCGCCGUGGGCCGCCAUCGCGCACAACGAGAAGCCGAUCUACGGCAUCCAGUUCCACCCCGAGGUGACGCACUCGCUCCGCGGCAAGGACGUCCUCCAGCGCUUCGUCAUCAACAUCUGCGGCUGCGCUCGCGGCUGGACCAUGGAGGAGUUUAUCGACAAGGAGAUUGAGCGCAUUCGGAAACUCGUCGGCCCGACCGGCCAGGUCAUCGGCGCCGUCUCGGGCGGCGUCGACUCGUCCGUCGCCGCCAAGCUCAUGCACGAGGCCAUUGGCGACCGUUUCCACGCCAUCAUGGUCGACAACGGCGUCCUGCGCCUGAACGAGGCCGAGCAGGUCCACAAGAUGCUAUGCGAGGACCUCGGCGUCAACCUGACGGUCGUCGACGCGUCCGAGCUCUUCCUCGGCAAGCUCAAGGGCGUCGAGGACCCCGAGACCAAGCGCAAGAUCAUCGGCAAUACGUUCAUCGAGGUGUUUGAGGAGAAGGCGGCCGAGCUCGAGCGCGACAUUGAGAAGACGGGCGCCAAGGGCGGCAAGAUCGAGUGGCUCCUCCAGGGCACCCUGUACCCGGACGUCAUCGAGUCGAUCAGCUUCAAGGGCCCGUCGGCGACCAUCAAGACGCACCACAACGUCGGCGGCCUCCUCGACAACAUGAAGCUCAAGCUCAUCGAGCCCCUGCGCGAGCUGUUCAAGGACGAGGUUCGUGCGCUCGGCCGCCUCCUCAAGAUCCCGACCCACCUCGUCAUGCGCCACCCCUUCCCCGGCCCCGGCCUCGCCAUCCGCAUCCUCGGCGAGAUCACGCCCGAGCAGGUCCGCAUCGCGCAGCACGCCGACGCCAUCUUCAUCGAGGAGAUCCGCAAGGCCGGCAUCUACGACCAGAUGAGCCAGGCCUUCUGCGCGCUCCUGCCCGUCAAGGCCGUCGGCGUCCAGGGCGACCGCAGGACGUACGAGCAGGUCAUCUGCGUCCGCGCCGUCAAGACCGAGGACUUUAUGACGGCCGAGUGGUUCGACUUCCCGCCGGCCGUCCUGCGCAAGCUGUCGAACCGCAUCACCAACGAGGUCAACGGCAUCAACCGCGUCGUCAUGGACAUCACCUCGAAGCCGCCCGGCACGAUCGAGUGGCUCUAAAGGUGCUCUAGUGUAGACGCUGUCGCGCCCUCUCUCGUCGGAACUGUAUUCCUAAUAGACUCUUGGCCGAGC